UCUGGAGGGAAGAAUCAGCCUCCUCUGAGAAUAGUUGUAUGGGCAGGCCAGGUGUUAACUCUGCUUCUGUUUAUCUGAUGGAAAGGAUACCUGCCCUUUGCAAAUCACUUUGGGGGCUUUGUGGCAGGCAAGGUGUUGCUGGCUCCUGCCAGUGCUUUCUGGCUGGAAUCUGCCCCAAAUUCUCUUGCUCUCCCCCAGGCUGCAUAGUGCAAAUAGAAGUGAUGCUGGGAAACCAAAGGUUGGUAGGUGUACUCCUAGCUGCAUGUGGGCAUGUUCUGGGUCCCUCUCUGAACCUUGGAGUGUCUGAGAUCCUACUUUGUGGGGAGGCUAGCUGAGAUGUCUCUGCUCUGUGGAAGCAAAUGUCUUUAUUUUGCUUUGUGUGCUGGUAGAGUUAAUUACCCAGAACAUCUUGCUGCUAAUACACAGCUGCUUUAAACAAAUCAAAUCCUUGGAGCAGGACUUGGUUUAGCAGGGUAGCAUGCCAAUAAGGCUGUGAGUUGAAUGGUAAGGGGCCUGAUGCAGGAGGAUGUGAUGCUUAUUCCACAUAACUGAUGGUUGAAGCUCCCCCAUCUGCCUCUCCCUAGCAUGCCUACUAUGGCAGAUGCAAUGCAGCUCCUUGCCCUCUCAUUCCUUGAGCCGUUCUGGGUCAUGGAGAUUUCAGGUGUGCUCAGUCCCUUCUGUUGUGUCUCUCUAUAGGAGGAUUGAAGACUGCCUGCCUCCCCUGGAGGAUUCUCCGUCCAAGAGGUUCUCUCCCUCCAAGCGAAAGCAGUAUUAUAUCCACAAGGCCAUCCGCAACUCGGACCUCAUCCCCAAAGCCAAGGGGCGCAAGAGCCUGCAGAGGCUGGAGAACACUCGCUAUCUUAUGACGCUUUUGGAACGAGACGAAUGUGGGAAUGAUGAGGGAGAGCUUGCCCACUCUGCUACCCCAAGCAUCUUCACCGAGGCCUGUAACAACGAGACCUAUGUGGAGAUCUGGAAUGACUUCAUGAACCGGUCAGGAGAAGAGCAAGAGAGAGUUCUGGUCUACCUGGAGGAGGAAGCCAGGAAGAAACACAAGAGAAAGCUGCCUGUGAAGAGUGAAGACAAGUGGAAAGAGCACCCUGCCUACACACCCAAGGAGUGCUUUCAGCGCAUCAGCCGCCGGCUUCGCUCCACCCUGAAACGGGGCAGGAUCCCCAUGGGAACCCUGGAGUGUCUGGAAGAGGAGCUGCUGGCCUUUUUCUCUGUCACCCCUCACUCGGUCUACACAGCGUUGAUGGACAACAGCUUUGAGCGACUCCUGCUCCACGCACUCUGCCAGUACAUGGACCUUGUCUCUGCUAGUUCAGACAUCGAAGGGAAACGCCAAAUGAAAGUAAGCAACAAGCACCGCGUCUUCCUGCGCCCUGAGCUUCUGCUCUCAGACUACCUGGAGCAAAUGAGCUGAUACACCAAAGGAUGCCCUGCCUCUCGCUUGGUGUGCUGAAGGCUUCGUUCAUCUGCUCCUGGCCUCUCCCAGUUGCUUGGUCCCUGUCAUCUGGAUAAGCCUGGUCUGCUGCCGGCCUCUCCCCUUGCACAGUGCAGGGACCGUGAGACACAGCGCAGAUCGGCUCCAUCCGUGUGCCCUGCUUUGGGGCUCUUCCCUUCCCCACCUCUGAAAGCAGAUGCUUGAGAUGACAGUUGUGAUAUGUGGUGCAAAGCAAGGGACUUACAGCCAUGCCCUCCAUCCUGACGUAGCCCCGGGCCUGCUCUGAGCAACAGCACUCUGACGCCUUCAGGGAUAAGUGGACUCAGCCUGCAAGCUUGGCCCCUGGCUCAUGUGCGAAGCGCGACCACAGUCUGGACAGUGCAGGACUGAACUCGGUGUACGCUGCCCUCCCAGCCCCUCUGGCUGCAGCUGAGGGAUGGAAAGGGGUGAGAACUGCUCAUCUUGUCACACUGGGGUGGAGACAUUUGCUCAGCUGCUGGCAUGCUUACUGCAGAGGCCAGAUUGUCUGGGGGUUUUAUUGUUGUUUUGUACCCUGCCCUCCCCCCCCCCCCCAGCCAGUGCUCUCUGCUGUUAAUCUAGCAGAGGAACUGCAGGCUGUAUGGUGCUAUGAGAUAUCACCAUGCUCAGGGUGCAAGGUGUGGGCAAAGCAGGUGCCUAUCUGCUGUGCUUGCCCUGCUUCCCUGGUUGCUGCACUAUUUCCCAGCAGGAGCUGCUCUGCCUGGAAGUGUGUGUGUGUCUAUUUAUAGCCCAGGUGAUUUUAAAAAUGAUCAGGCUGGACCAGAACUGCUUGUGCGCACUGUGGGGCUUCUGGGGUGAUUUUGGCCCAGGUAUUUCUGUGAUGAAAUAGCUCCUUGCAGCUGCUGGCUCUUCCUCGGCUCAGGUGUGGCUGAGCAAACCCUGAGCAAGUGGAAGAGCCUCUGCUCUGUCACCUGCCUGGUGAGAAAAGUGUUUUGCUUCAGGACCAGCACUCUGACACCAGCAAUGGAGCUUAUAGUAAAGCUCAGCCUCUGCCCAACUCCUCAGUAAGGGCACCAAAAGCAGCUUGGUGAACAAAAGAGCUGCCUCAAAUCUAGAUCAGACCCAAGACUGAGGACUAGAGAGAAAUCCAGAGAGGCAAGAACACUUGGACCUGAGUUGAUCGGGACAAAGAUUUCUGCCUAAAGAGAAUCAUCCUGGCCUGAGAGGCAGGACUAGGCAUCCCUUCCCUGGCCUGAGCUCAGGGUCUCUUGCCCCAGUGUCUAAGCACUGCAGUGGGAGGCAAAGCUCUCCUGCAGAGUCCUUGGUCUCCUGGCCAGCCUGGUCUGAAUGACUGCUGAUGCUCUGGUUUGCAGUUAGUGUAAGAAACUGAUAUGCAGACCUGCCUUUUAUUUGGGGGGUAAUGGGCUGUUUUUAAAUAUGAUAUAGUGUCUUUUAUAUGUUUGUAUGUGUACUGGUGCAGCCUGGCUCCUCAGUGUCACAUGGCCAGAGCUCCUGCUGGUUGCCUGGCUUGCUCAGCCAAGGUGCUGAGGCAGAGCUUGGCCUGCCGGCGUAGCCCCUGUGGCUGUGUGGGACGCACGAGGGUGCUUGUGGGUGUUGUCCUGCGUGUUGGUGCAUGUCUCUGGUAUGUGUUGGGCUUCUUGUGUGUCUGCAGCAGCUAGAGACAUGCGGGGCAGGGGCUCACUUGGCUCUUGUCUGCAGCCUGUUCCUGUGGCACAGGGCACCUGCCAGUCCCAUUCAAGCCCAGCAGGCAAAGGAUGUCCCUGAGGAUGGGGCAGCAGCAUGCCAGGCUGUCGCCCACUGCAAAUCCGCGGAUGGAGCGGGGCUAGUGGGCGAAAGCCGGGAAAGCCGUUGCUCCUCUUGUCUUUUUUGUGUUAUGCAGAAGUGGGUGGUGUUGACGCAGGAACAAUAAACCUUGGUGCUCCUGA